AUGUGUUUUUCAAACAAAUUCUUGACCGUUGUGUUGUUCAAACAUCGGCGGUACAACGACAACGUGGCCAACCGUGGCCGAGACUUUAAGGACUUGGUGCAAGGAUGGAAUGCCCUCAACCACAACAUCGAGUGCAUAGGCCGUGAGGCUUGGCUCGCCAAACUUGAUGCAGUUUGCAUCCGGUUUGAGAAACGCAACCCAGUCGGUGUACGGUACAAGUUGCACCGGCUGUCAAGAGAGGCAGGAUUACCCUAUCUCUCGUGGGGUGAUUUGUGUCCAGGUUGCCUGGACAACUCGAACCGUCGUUUUCUGACGGCCCUUCUUCAAACGCAGCAGGUGGGUCUCGUCGUACUGCUCGACGAAACCAAGGACAUCAACAAUCAGCUGGGCACGAGUCUCCCAGCUGUCCUAGGCCGAUGCAAAAGCCAUUCACGUCGCGGUGGUUCAAAAUACGCUUCACUAGGAAGCAUUGACCACCGCUUGAGUCUGCCAAAGGAUGUGGUGGUGGCGGGAACACCUGAUCCGGCUCGAGGGUCGGAUCAACUUGAUGUUCAAGAGCUGAACCGUCUAACGGAACAGUUGCAAGAUGACCUGGCUCAUGAACGGUCUCGGCGCUAUGAGCUCCAUGACCUUGUAAAGGAUAGUUACAUUUCCUUAGCGCACGAUCGCUCGAGCGAUUGUGCCACGCUUGCUUUCGCACAACUUAAGAACGAACGUUCGACUCUUUCUCUUCGUGACGAGAUGGCUGCAGCUCGUCAAGGCAUCGCUCAACUUCGUGAGCAGGUCGCUUCGCUAGUCGACCAGACUGGCUCGUUGAAACGGGACCACUCGAAGGUGGUCUCAGCCCUCGACCGCGGAGGUGUUCUUCGCAUCUCGAAACGGAAUCGUACUGUUAUUACGGGCGGAGAAGCUCAACGUAAAACGUAG